AACUCAACCAGACAAAUGAGUGUAGGUCUGUAUAGCUGUCUGUCUGUUUAGUAUACCCGGCGAAUGCGUGCAUGUAUUUCUAUACGUCUUACUUUCGUUGUACAUAAUAUAGUCCAUUAUUUAUCUUGCAAAAAGACAGCUUUUUGCUUUGAAAAGACAUCAUGCCACUGAUCGUUAUAAACACUAACAUUCAGAAAUCUUUAAUACCAGAGGGUUUCCUGAAAGGAUUCACGAAGGUUUAUUCCGAAGCUGUAGGCAGAGAAGAAAAGGCUAUUAAUUGUAGCCUGUUUUCUGGUGUAGAGAUGAUUAAGAAUGGUACUGAUGAUCCAGCCUGUGUAAUCACGAUACAACACACAAUCUCACAAGAUACUGAUGGACGCCGAGCGACUAACAAGAUACUUCUAGAUUAUAUGCAGACUCAAUUGAAACUCACUGACGACAUAAUGACGAGAUUUAACGUGGUCUUUCUUACACCGGGAAGGGACGAGAUUGGAACCAGUACAGGCUUACUAUGUGAUAAAAAAUGACUAAUAAUGAGUGGCCUAUGAGCGACUCAAUGAAGACGUUUGGAGGAAUCAACAAAAUACAGCAACCUCAGAGCAGACUGUCUAUUCAAAUCGACCAUCUCAAUCACGAUUUAAUUUACGAUCUUCGAACAAAAUUAAUGUUUGAACUCAACCUUGUUUUAAACUAAAAGCGUUUCAAGACAUUGAUUAUAGGCCGGAAAAUGGUGUUGAACGCCGGAACGUCAUGAUGUGUAUUAUUUUGUUGACGUGGAUACUUUGACAAAUCGCCGUCAUCUGUAAAUGUAAACACUGCACUUAAUUACAUAGAUAUACUAACCAAUUGAAUCUAUAGUGAUAUGAUAUCAGAAAGAUGCCAAAACUGGUUCAUAAAAAAACAUUAAAAAAAAUAUAUAUCAAACUUUGCGUGCUAUUACUUUCUAUUAUUAUAAACACUUACUAGGACCCGUUGUUCGUCCUAAAUUUUAAUCUCUAAUAUACAAGUUUAACUUACUGAUUAUCGGUUGAUUUUCAAAAUUAAAGAAACGGUGUCUCACAAAAGUGGGAAGCGGUGCAAUUCUAGAGCA